UCUCUCGGCACACGCUCUUCAGACUGUGCACACACCGAUAAGUCUAACUCAUACAGCGCCAAAACUGAACCGGCUGUCCUCACCGUAGUACUGUCCCAAACAUGAACUAUUCAUUAGCUACGGACAGCCCGUUUAACACUACCUUGUUGUCCCCAGAGGGUCGUGCUGUGUAUCGCAUUGAUACAUAUCUCAGCUCAUCCACGACUACUGUUAAAAAGGUCGGUGGUGGGCAGAGUGAAGUGGAAAUUGGGAGAGUAGUGUGGCAAUCUGGUAGACCUGGAACGGCUGUGGUCCAUGGACACGAGAUAUAUGUCAACAAGAGUAGUUUUUUCAGCUCGUCAAGAACAUUUACAGCACUAAAUGGGCAAUCGUAUAAAUGGACGUUCAAUGAAGGAUCAGCAUUGAUGGCGAGCAACGACAGCAGACAAGCCCCAGUUGCUACCUACACACCAGCAACGAGAUCAAAUCCUGGGCUACUACAUAUAACCCCGCAUGGUCUAACCAUCACCGGAGACGUCAUCCUGAGCUUCGUCUGCGUCGAAGGCGAACGACGACACGCGAUGAGGAAAAGUCUAAGAUGAUGUCAUGCGGAGGAAUUUCAAACCUUCAAACGUACACUUCCGAUCGUUUCAUUUUCAUUUUUUGUUAUUUUCUGGUAUUUCCAUGCUACGUCUAGCUUUCAUUCAUUCAUUGGACGCAGUCAU